UGGAAUUUCAAAUUCCCAGAUUUGACACAGAGCUGCAGUUAGAGAAAGGGAAUUCUGAAUACCAAAAUAGCCAAAAAAUGUUGAAUGUCAGCUCCCGAAUCAAGUCUGAUAUCCUAAAUAUACUAGGAGAGGACAUUUACCAAUACAAGGCCUACCCAGAGGGUAGUUGCAGAGGCCUUAAUCAAGAGGCACCCUUGUUUGAAAGAGCCUCGUUCCUUCAAUGGCUGCUACAGUUGGAAACAGCGAUUGAAGUACAAAAUGGGAAACUACAGGACCCAGCUGAAAUUGCAGGGGUGUCCAGAGUUGUCAGUAAAUUCCCUGAAAUCCAAAGCUACUACAGUGCUUUUCCUGCUAAAAAAGUGAAGAGGCCAAAACGAGCUGAAGCCGACUUUUAUCCAUCCUUCCCUGUUGGGGAGACUCUGGAAAGCCUUGAGAAAGAGAGGCUUAAACUUCUGUCAGAGGUCGGGAUAAGGAACAAUGAAAGGGUCAUUGCAGACAAAAUGGCGCACACGUUUGCCAUCAGACGGCAGGAGGUGGUGAACCAAGAACCCAGCAUUAAGUUCUUCCAAGACAGAUGGCCGGCACUGUUCCAACAGAAUGAGAUCAAUGCAGAGUUCCAGAGGCUCAUGACUGUUAGUCUUGAGCCGAAAUUCAUGGCCCAGUUGGAUGUCUGCACAAGUCAGCUGAUGAGGGUCGUCCUUGCUAAAGGAGGAGCAACCCGCCAGAAGACUGCUGACAUCAUGGCCGCUUUUGAUCAGAAUGAGAACAUUCAUCUUCGGAGAGAGUGUGUACUGAAAACUCUCAUCGUCUACCUGGGAGAAGAUCCAGAUGACCUGAUUAAGGAAUAUCUCGACUCUCGAGCAGGACUUGCUGAGACGGAACUGGAGCAGCUCACCAUGGCAGUAUUUGUCAUUCGAAAGGAGGGGGAAGGACUGCAGGAGCCGCCUGAAGACAUUGGCAUUGUCAUUGAGGGUGUGGAAGUGUUGAAUCAACUGACUUCAGUUGCCUCAGCUUGUGCCCUGCUACUAGGAAGAAUCCUAAUUUGGCACCAUUGACGCCACAAGCAACACGGGAGAACUCCUCAUGACCACCAAGGCGAGCAGCCAGCCCCCACCUCCUCUGGUUUGAGGAAACGAGUCACUCUGUGGAGUAUGGUCAUCAUUCCCCUCACAAUAGUAUGUGUAGCUUACUUUACAGGUCCCAGACUAAUCCUGUGACAAGAACCCAAUGCUCUGGUGGAUGCAUUUG